GGUGGUGGAGGUGGUGGAGGAGGUGGUGAGGGAGUGGAGGAGGUGAGGGGCCAAGGCGGGAGAGUUGGUGGAGGAGUCUCCGGCGGCUCUCGCGUGCUGGACGGGAGCGUGAGCCCCGCGCUGAGACACGUGUACGAGGCGAACCUGAGACGCAGCCUCGGCAUGGAGGACAGGAUGCAGGGUGCCCUCUCGCGGGUCCGCACAGCCUCAUCCGCCGAUGCCAUCACACGCCACACACAGCGCAACAAGAAGCUGCUGGCGAGGGACAGGCUCUCUCUGCUGCUCGACCCCCCCUGGAGCCCAGGAACCCCGCACACAUCCCCACAAGGACCCCUGGGAGCCCUGAGCCUACAGGGGGUUUCUCCCUUUCUGGAGCUGAGCCCCAUGGCUGGGAUGGACCUCCCUGAAGGAGACGUGCCUGGAGCAGGGUGCAUAACGGGUGUGGGCCGUGUUGCCGGAUCAUGGUGCGUCGUCGUGGUGAAUGACGCCACUGUGAAGGGCGGCUCCAUGUACCCGAUCGCCGUCAAGAAGCAGCUGAGGGCCCAGGAGGUGGCGCACAUGAAUCGGCUGCCGUGCAUCUACCUGGUCGACUCGGCUGGGGCCUUCCUGCCUCUACAGGCAAAAAUCUUCCCAGACCGCGAGGACGGAGGCCGCGUGUUUUACAACGAAGCCGUCAUGAACGCCGUUGGCAUCCCUCAGGUGGCGGUGGUGCUGGGGUCAUGUACGGCAGGGGGAGCGUACGUGCCCACGAUGGCUGGCGAGGCGGUGAUGGUGGGGGGUGUGGGAAGUCUGUAUCUGGGGGGGCCCCCCCUCGUCCGCGCCGCCACCGGGGAGAGGGUGACCCCCGAGGAGCUGGGGGGGGCGAGGAUGCACGCCAGUGUGAGCGGCUGCAUCGACCACUUCUCUGAGACGGAGCAAGAGGCGCUGGAGCUCACUCGGAAUAUAGUGUCCACUCUGACACCGGAGAACCCCCCCAGUGAGCCGGGCACCCACUGGGAGGAGCCCCUGUUCUCUGCAGCGGGGCUCAGGGGUCUGGCCCCUAAGAGCUUCAGCCACAAUCUGGAUCCCCGGCUCGUGCUGUCUCGCAUUCUGGAUGGGAGUCGUUUCCUGGAGUUCAAGAGUCUGUACGGAGACACGCUGGUCACAGGGAUCGGAGACAUCAUGGGUGUCCGUGUAGGUGUGGUGGCGAACCACGGGUUUCUCUCUGCCCGUGCUGCGCUCAAGGGAAGCCAUUUUGUGUCACUGUGUGAGCAGAGGGGAAUCCCCCUCAUCUUCCUGCAGAACACGGCCCCCACGGGGUCACGCCCGGACAUGGACACGGAGGAGAUUGUCCGCUCUAGAGGAGCCAUGAUGGCCUCUGUUGCUUGCGUCUCGGUUCCCAAGAUCACGGUGGUGAUAGGAGGGAGAUAUGGAACAAGCAGCUAUGCCAUGUGCGGUCGAGCCUUCUCUCCACGUUUCCUCUUCCUGUGGCCCGGAGCGAUAACCAGGAUGGAGUCUGAACAGAAAAAGCUAGGUGAUGAAACAUCGUCUCUCUACUCUACGGCGCGGAUUUGGGACGAUGGAGUCAUCCUUCCGCAGGAUACGCGCACGGUGCUGGGCUGGUGUCUCCGGAUCGUCUCCACGCAGAGACAGCCCCUCCCCAUCUCCCCCAUGCCCCCAAUCCGCUUUGGAUGACCCCUCACUUCUAACCCUGUGGGGUGAUGGGAGGGAGCGGUGAAACAAAUGCGGCAGAGUGCACGUGGCCUUAAUAGGGGCUCACAAACUGUAAGAGUGGUGUUUGUGCCUUGAUGGAGCUUUAAUUCGAGACGUUUGCUCACACAGUGUGUGGUUUUUAUUGCGAUUCCGUGUGCCUUCCUAUGUCUCAUGGGGAGGCCCUGUGUCUCCAUGUCCCUGUCUUAAGUCUUCCCCUGUCUUUAAGUAUCUUUGUCUGUCCAUGUCUUUGUAUUCUCAUCUCCGUGUGCCUCUGUGUCCCUGUGUCUCGUUCUGUCUCAAUAUCCAGCUGUCCCCAUUACAGUGUUUAUUGUUUUUUUUGUCUCUUCCCUGUCUCCAUAUCCCACAGUCUCCAUGUCCCCAUGUCUCCAUUCUGCCUUGUAUCCCAUUUCUCUGUUUUCUUGUCUUCUUAUCUGCGAUAAUUGUGCAAAAACAAUGCAAUUCCUCUUUGAGUUUCAAUAAAGGAAGUAAUCACUGUCA